CUCAGUCUUAGAACGUCUGCGUUCCGUGCGCGUGCGUGCACCGCCCGCCGGACAAUGCGAACCGGGUGAAGGCACACAUCCACCAUGCUAGUGCCACCUGAGAUGAUGGCGGCUCAAUCGAAACUAGUCUACCAGAUGAAUAAGUACUACAACGAGCGCGUUGCGAACCGCAAGGCGCAAAUCGCCAAGACCAUCCAUGAAGUCUGCAGGAUAGUGCAGGAUGUCUUAAAGGAAGUCGAACUGCAGGAGCCGAGAUUUAUAUCCUCCCUGACUGACUACAAUGGCCGAUUCGAUGGUCUCGAGGUGGUCUCGCCUCACGAAUUCGAGAUCAUUAUCUACCUGAAUCAGAUGGGAGUUUUGAAUUUCGUCGACGAUGGCUCUCUGCCCGGUUGUGCUGUGCUUAAGCUCAGCGAUGGUAGGAAGCGCUCCAUGUCCCUGUGGGUUGAGUUUAUCACCGCUUCCGGAUAUUUGUCGGCGCGUAAGAUUAGGUCAAGGUUCCAGACUUUGGUCGCUCAGGCUUGCGAUAAGUGCUCCUAUCGUGAUUGUGUGAAGAUGAUCGCGGAGACCACGGAAGUGAAACUCCGUAUUCGAGAAAGAUACAUAGUGCAGAUAACACCGGCUUUCAAAUGUGCAGGUCUAUGGCCUAGGUCGGCAGCGCACUGGCCUCUACCGACAAUACCGUGGCCGCAUCCGAAUAUAGUGGCCGAAGUUAAAACAGAAGGCUUCGACCUACUAUCAAAAGAGUGUCUCACUUUACAAGGCAAGAACUCAGCGAUGGAAGGCGAUGCGUGGGUAUUGAGUUUCUUUGAAGCCGAGAACCGUCUUCUUCAGGGCGGCUGUCGUCGAAAAUGCUUAAGUAUAUUGAAAACUAUCAGGGAUAGACAUCUGGAUCUGCCCGGGAACCCAGUCACGUGCUACCACAUGAAGACGCUCCUGCUGUACGAGUGUGAGAAACAUCCGCGAGAGCACGAGUGGGACGAGGCUGCCAUCGGGGACAGGAUAAACGGGAUCUUCCUUCAGCUGAUAUCUUCGCUUCAGUGCCGGAGGUGUCCGCACUACUUCCUUCCUCACGUCGACUUGUUCAAAGGGAAGUCUCCUACCGCUAUGGAGAACGCCGCGAAGCAAGUGUGGCGGUUGACGAGAGAGAUGCUCACGAAUUCAAGGGCCUUCGAAAAGCUGUGAACUGUUGUAUAGUAUUCCCUAUGCUGAUAGUGAGUGAGUGAACUAGUGAUGUACCGCUAUUAGUCUCGAGUCAUUUUAGUUAUUUAAUCGGAUUAGAUGUGCGUUAGUUUCUAAUAAGAAGGUGAUAGGUCGAUACAGUGACUAUGUACGCGAGGUUAGUUCGAGUUAUCGAAUGUUCCAUGUGGAUCGAACAAACUGUAAGUAGACGUGAUACUAAUAAUUAUUAGGUCGUUUCAAAUAUUAUUUGUGAUAUAAUGUAAAUAGCUUAAUUGUUGUACAAUUUUAGUAAUAUUUAUUUAGAUGAAAAAAAAAAACGAAAUUUCGUGUAUUUAUUUGACUGAGAACUUUUAAAGU